GAGAAUUAGAAGGAAACAUUACUAUAUCUCAUACAGGAAAUCAUAUUGAAUAAAGAAAUAAGAAUUCAGUGCAGUUUGAUGAGUGUAUUCAAGUGCACUCUGAUGUCAUUCGAUCCAAUUUAAUCUAUUGCCGCGAAUCAGUUCUCUAUAUCUAUGACCACAGUUUAUAUCUGAUUAAUUUGCAGCACUUGACAUUGAUAACAAUUUGCAAUAAUUGGCGAGAGUGGUGUACAACUGUAACAAGCAUAAACAACUGACAUACACGAAUCGAGCAAAAUGGUCUUGGAACAAUACAAAGAAAUUGUUGGAUCUUGCGCCAUGUAUGUUACAAUGGCACAAAUGUUAGCUGGAACAUUAAUAUGCAAAGACAUAUACAAGAAAGGUACAGCCAAAGGAACUGAUCCAAUGCCUUUUCUUGGUGGCGUAGGAUUAUGCAUACUGAUGCUUCGAUACGCAUUGAUGUUAAAUGAUGCUACUAUGAUAAAUGUUAACAUAUUUGGUUUACUGAUAAAUAUUAUAUAUUCGAUAGUGUAUUACUAUUAUGCUCCAAAUACGAGAGAAGUGCUUAAAUUAAUAUACAAGGUAACAAUCUUUGUGAUAAUCCUGCUUGUCUAUGCUCAAAUAGAACAUCCAACAAAUGUCGAAUUUAGAUUUGGCAUAGUGGUUACAGUACUCCUUUUUCUCUUAAUUGCAGCUCCUCUUAUGCAUCUUAAAGAAGUUAUAAAAACAAAAAACACAGAAAUUCUUCCAUUUCCACUAAUCUUUAUGGGUACCCUAGUUUCUUUUCUGUGGUUUCUAUACGGUCUUAUCAUCAACAAUGUUUUUGUUAUUUUUCAGAAUGCAGUUGGUUUUAUUCUUUGCAUAAUUCAAUUAUCUCUUUUUGUGAUAUUUCCAUCCAAAAAGUUAAAAGUUGAAUUGUUGAGUGAGGAGAAAAAAGGAGACUAAAAUGGUCUUCCAGAAUUUUAAAAAGAAGAAAUAUUUGUUAUAUUCAAAAUUAAAUUUCUUAUAGUAUAUAUAUUUGUAGAAUAACAAUAUUUUACAUACGUAGAUAUCUGCAAUUGUUGAUUUCUUAUAAAUCAAAGAGAAACUAAUUGGAAGAAUAUUCCUAUACUAUAAAAACUAAUUUUAAAAAUUCUAUAUGUACUUUACUAUAUAAAAAUUAUGUUUUACAUACAGUAUAGCCUAACUUCUAAUUGUGUGACGGAUACCCGAUUCAUUUUGGCCAACAGAUUUUACUUUUACGUAUUUUGGAAUAAGAACAUAUUUUUCGGAUAUAUAGUAAAAUAGAUAUAGUAUUAAUAGAUUUUUAUCUUAUUUUUAAAUAGCAUAUUUAAUAGUAUUUCAAUAUUUCCUUUUUUGCACAAGUUCAGUAUUAUUGUAUCCUUGUAUUUGUUCUUGUUAGAUAAUUUCUAAAUCUGAAUAAACCUGAUAUCCGCCA